AUGUCUUCACCCCGCGAGAAGAACACGAAGUACGCCUCCGACGAGGAGACCUCCGAGGACACCCAACAGCAGCAGCAGCCCCAGCGCCGCCAGAACCGCAACAAGGGCAGGCAGAUGCAAAGGCGUCAACAGAGCGGCCCUCUCGAUGCCGUCGGCGGUCAGGAUGUCGGCCAAACGGUCCAGGGCGUGACCGGCGGCGCUCAGCAAACACUAGGCAACGUAGCCGGCGGUGCUCUGCAAAACCAAGGCGGCGGCGGCGGUGACAAGAGCGAUACCCUGAGGCUCCGCCUCGACCUCAACCUCGAUAUCGAAAUCACGCUCAAGGCGCGCAUCCACGGUGAUCUUGAGCUGGCUCUCUUCAAGGCGAUCUGCAGGUGGGUGCCUUUCUCCUUUCUUUCUCGCAGUUGGCCUUGUCCCGGCCAUCCUGGCCAUGUUCCCCCUCACCUCGCCGGCGAGACCCAGCUGACGCCAAAUGAUCUUGUGCAGACGACCUUCAGGGACUGUCCAAUGAUGACGGCAUCCCCUCCUACUCAGCCGAUUCCCCCCACAACUCAAUUCGACAAACCACGCGAGAGCCCAGCAUCGACGUCGACCGUACCACGGAGUCUGCAAAAGACCGUCCCCGAAAACGAACAACCCUCGUCGCACACUAUGCAGCGUACCGGGCCUCGGCCUGCAUCAGACGGCGAUCCGGAACACGCCUCCCGGCACGACGAGUAUGAGGUCGUCGAAGUCGAAGACGACGAUGCCGGGGUGGAAGAGGUGCCUCGGCGCAACGUACGCCCGCCUCUGCCCCGUCUGAACUCGUCGUCCCGAGCACCUGGCUCACCUGCUCCUCCGCCUGAAACCAAUCCUCCGCAACCUCCCCCUCGUCGAAGCAGCAACGCGAGCACCCCACAGCCGCAGCAAGGCGGGCCUUUUCAUCUCUCGCGGGAGAUACCCAUACCGAUUAGGAGCUCUUCGACACAGGGACAAAGCGCACACAAGGCACCGCCGACAUCCUCAGCAGAUACUGCAGACACUACAGACAGCCGCACGGAUGAAGGCACACAGGACUCGAAAGAGUCCAAGGAGACAUCGCCCGGCGCUUCCAGUCCCAAAGGCAAGGAGCCGGAAGGAAAGAAUGCUCCUAUCAAUAUACCCAAGGUCACCCCUGUAGCGUCUGGCCUGACGAUACCACCCAAUCUCGCCGACCUAGCGCAAGGCUUGGACGGAAAGUAUGUCGAUGAGUUCGGAAACAUUUUGGACUGGAAUGGCCAGGUCUUGGGUCGUGUCGAAGGCGACCUUCCCUCGAUGAUCGGACGACCCGUCUCCGUGACUGGUGAGAUCUUCAGCGAGGACGGCGAGGUUGUCGGCUACGUCGCAGAGAACGACACUAUUCCACCAGCGCCUCCAUCUCCCCAGCCCAUCCAAGGCAUGGGUGAAGGGCUGAAAGUAGACCAUAUGGGCAACAUUCUCGACAGCAACAAUAACGUCGUCGGGCAUUUCGACGGCGCUCACAUGGCCAAGUCGGUUCAGAAACCGGGCCAGACUGGUGGGCAGCACUCUCACGGUGCUCGCCCAGCAAACAACCCUCAGGCGGAUCAGAACUGUAGCUGUGGUCGACCUAAACCGUCGUCUGCUCCCAGCCCGUCUGAGGUGUUCAUGGACGUUAAGUCGACUCACGAUGGCAUCCAGCUGAUUAUCAAGAUUCCAACGGUGUUCAACGGUGGCGGGGUCCCAAAUAUCCAUAUCGGAACUGGAUGA